UCCAGGAGGAGCUAAUUAGCCCUUCCCGCCGUGACUGUGUAAUAGUGCGCAUGCGCACUGGGCUAAUUCCAGCCAUUUUUUGCAGGAAACUAAUUAGCAGGAAUAAAGACUGAACGGUUUUUUUCCUCCUUCGGUGUCGCCAAACACCGCUUUCUCCUCUUCCCUUCUAACCAAGACAAGUCUCCUGCGUUACUACCAAAUACUGCUCUUUUUUGUUGUUGUUCUUUUAGUUUUUUUAUUUUGUUUUGUUUUUAAGAAAGGCUUUAAAAACAACCCCCGUGUUACGGAUAUAUACCUCUUGAUACUCUUUUUUUCCUACUAAUAAUCUUAGAAGCUAUCAGACCAAAUGGAAGUACGCGGGUGGGAUGUAUGAAAGCCGGAUCAACGCAGGGGCGUCGAAAAAUGUCUGGGUGGACUGAGAAUGUCCAGUAACUGGGAGUAUGGAGCGCUGUGACACUGUCUUAGAUGACGAAACCUCUGGCCCUUGUAUCAACCAGCCUCCAGGGAUCUGCAGCCCACCAUCUUCCAUGCUACUUCUACUACAGAGGGAAAGCACCUCUCAGCUUAAUUUGGCCAGCCCAUCCACUCAGGGUGAAGCAGGGUGGAGAAAAGAAGUGAAGGGGCAAAGCAAGGGAGAAAGGAGGGCUUUCGGAGAAGGACAUGAAGAGGAAGAGGGGAUUGAUAACAAACCGGUCGAUGAUUGUGCUGAGGGUGAGUUCUUAGAGCGAAAAGAAGAUUUAAGUGAAGGACACAAUGCUGGUGGUGAUAAAGCUGAUGAAGUAGAAUGUCAGAUCAUCUACCAGGCUGAUGGUUCUGCUUACAUCCUUGAGAGCCAAAGUCAGCUGCCAUGCAAUGUGGUUCCAUCCUCAUCUCAUCCACCUUUUGUCAACACUUGCUAUUUGUCUUCUUCCCAAAGUUCUACCUUAAAAAGCUUCCAUGUCUUCCACCCUAAGAACUGGUGCCACCUGACUGGUGAUGUUCUUGCUUUGCUGAACUGCCAAUCCAAAGAUAGAGCUCCUGCCAGAACGAGUUCUUCUGAAGCAGAGCUGGCACUGCUUGGCAAAGAACAACCCGUCUUGGUGUGUUUUUUGUGUCGCCUGUCAUUCAGUCACACGCAUGCUUUUAGACUUCAUGUUUCACAGCACCACAAGAUCAUGCUUACCAAGGAGGAAAAGCAGUUUCUCUCACUCCAGCCCACCUGUGCCAUUUUACAGCCUGUAGGUCCCAGUAACCACCCACUCCUAAGCUUCCUACAACCAAAAACUAGCAACGUGCCAACCCAGUUAACAACAACAACAGCUUUAGAGCACAACAUGGUGGCUAUGCUAAGCCAGGGGGACAGGGAGCACCUCCAGAUCUCUGAGCCAGGACUUCCUCUUCAGCCCUCUUUACCCAGAGUCCCCCUUCCUACCUCAGUGUUGAGCCCUGCCAAAGACCCUUCAACCCUGGGCAGAGAGGGCCCACAGAGGAGUAGUGAUGAUGGUGGAGGUAGCAGAGAAGGAGAGGAGAGGUUGAGUUCAGAGGUAGUUUCCACUGUGGAGGAUGGUACAAGCAGUAUUAGCAGCAGUGGUAGACAAGGGCACAUUACUGAACCGGCUCUUUCAAACCAAAGCAAUCCCAAAUCUCCCAACUCUCUCACAGUAGCAACCAGCUUUAUGAACAACACCAAAUCUCUUACAGACUCUGAGCUAGAGUGUGGAACAAGCUUUAACUGCCACGGCCCUUCUCUGGUAUCCUCUACUGUGCAAGCCUCAUUCACCGCCACUAUUUCAAAAGAAUUUUCCAACCAAGAGAUUGCGAUGGAAAUGGAACCAAAUAACUCGUCAGAGAAGGGCAGUGCCAUGGCAAAAGAACCAAAUGGCAAGUUGUGCAAUGACAACACGGCAGAUGUCACCAACUCUGACCUACCUAGCAACCAUAGCAAUUCUCAUUUAUCCGCUGUUACGCCUCCUCUAACCCAGAAUAUCAAAUCUCAGUUUGAUGAUUUACAGGUGGAAUCUGUUGGGUCUAGAGGAAGUUUGUCUUCUGGGGGUGAACAUGAUUUUGUUGUUGGUCAGGACAUUGUCCAGGGAUCCUCUUACAAUUUUGGGAGCCAAGUAAACAUGACACACUCACGCAACUCCUGCAAAACGCUAAAAUGCCCCAAAUGCAAUUGGCACUACAAGUACCAGCAGACUCUUGAGGCUCAUAUGAAAGAGAAACAUCAUGAAUCUGAUGAUGGACAGUGUCCAUAUUGUGUCAGUGGGCAGAACCACCCACGACUGGCUAGAGGGGAGACUUACACUUGUGGGUACAAACCAUUUCGUUGCCAGGUGUGCCAGUAUUCCACCACCACCAAAGGCAACCUGAGCAUCCACAUGCAGUCCGAUAAACACCUCAACAAUAUGCAGAAUUUGCAGUCGCAGACAAGUCCAGAUGCUUCAACAGUACAGCCUAACUCCAUGUCUCACACUCCUCCCACCCAGACCCCCUCCCCAGCUCCUUCUAAAGUACAGGGUCGUGCAUCAUGGCGGUGUGAAGUAUGUGACUACGAAACCAAUGUAGCGCGCAACCUUCGUAUACACAUGACCAGUGAGAAACAUACACACAACAUGCUCCUUCUGCAGCAGAACCUGGCCCAUAUGCAGCGCCAGCACCGGCAAAAUGCCGCCGAGCUCUACCCAUACUGCCAGCCCCAGACCAGGCUUCCCGAGCCCACCAGUGUAAUGCAACCUGGUGGAGAAAUCAUGCAGGAGUCACCUCUGAAGCCAGUAGAUGAAGACCCUCCAGAGGCACUGUUUGGAUGUGCACUGUGCAGUCAUUUUUCCUCAGACAGCUUGAUUGCUCUCGGUCAGCACCUGGCAACGCAACGCUCGCUUCCUGACGCUGAUUGGAGAGGUACAACCGGUGACGCCCACCUUUGUCGGCUAUGCCAUUAUGCCACACCUCUGAGGGCUAACUUCCAGUUGCACUGCCAAACAGAUAAGCACCUACAGCGUUACCAGCUUGCAGCACACCUUCAAGAAGCCAGCAGACGCCAUGGAAAUUCAGAGGAAGAGGAGGAGUGGAUGCUCAGGUGUGUUGCUGCUGGUGUCCAAGUGCAACUAAGGUGUAAUGCAUGUAGAUACGAGGCCAACAGCAUGGAGAAACUGAAACUACACACAAUGAACUCCAGACACAAGGCCAGCUUGAGACUUUACAAGUACCUGCAGCAGUUCGAAGGAGCCGUGUCUGACGGUGGCUCUCUGCACUGUGUGCUGUGCGAUUAUUCCACCCAAAACAGCCUGAGCCUGGUGCAGCAUGCCAAUUCGCUCAGCCACCAGAGAGGGGAGGGACUUCUGAGACUGCAGCGAAUCCAGAGCGGGCUCCAGGAUGAGGAGGAGGAGUUCAGUGCCAUCUUUGAGAUCAGAAAGGAUCAUGCUAAAGAUAACGGAGACGUGAACGAGAUGGAGUCACCCGCUGAGAUCACCUCGGACCAGACGGACCAGACCAAACGCGCAAGCAAAGAGGGGGAUAAAACGGAAGCAACCAUGCAUGAACAUAAGAAACCGAAUGAGCUGUGUGUCAGUCUCAAGCGUUCUGCGUCUGGAGACAUGGGCGACAUCGUGCCUGCCAAACGCCCUAGAGCGCAGGAUGAGAUCCCCUCAGAGCAGGUCCGUCAGUGCCCAUUCUGUCGCUUUUGUCACGCUGAUCUCAGCCGUCUGAGGAACCAUGUAAUGAUCCAGCAUGCUGUGCAGCCCACUCUCCGCUGCCCGCUGUGCCAGGACACACUCCGCAGUGUGGCUCUGAUGCGUUCUCACCUCACACACCUGCACAGUGUCACCGCAGACUGCACGCAGAAACUCAUUAACGCGGUGAUUGCUUCAGAUGUGCUGCCGGAGAAGAUGUUCCAACCGGCGCCAGACUCGCAUACCCAGCAGACAAAGGCAGAUUCCAGCUGCAAUGGAAUGAAAAGACCUGAUGAACAAGCUGAAGAUGAAGAAGAAAGAGUGACCACAUGUCGCCCAGAGAUAGCAAAAACCCAAAAGCAGCCCGUAGAAGAUGCCGAAUCUACAAAGGAAAACAAUGCUGUGUUCCCUUGCUGGCAGAAAGGCUGCAACAAAGUCCUGACAUCAUCUAGUGCCCUUCAGACGCACAUAAACCAUUUUCACAGCCAGAGACCUCAAAUGCCGAUUUCUGACCGCCAUGUCUACAAAUACCGUUGCAGUCAGUGUAGCCUCGCGUUCAAAACUGCUGAAAAGCUACAACAGCAUUCUCAGUACCACGCCAUCAGGGCUGCCACUAUGUGCUGUCUUUGCCAACGCAGCUUUCGAACAAUACAAGCCCUGCAAAAGCACUUAGAAACAAGUCAUCUUGAGCUUAGUGAGAUCCAGCUGCAGCAACUCUGUGGCAGUCUUUUGAUGACUGAAGACCUCUUAGCAUCCGAAGUCCAAGGACUUGAUGAAGACCAAGGAACCUUCGAGGAGGAAAAAGUGAAAGAAGAUGAAGAAAGUGACCUGGAGGAGAAAAUAAGCCCACCUGACAGUGUAUUGAGUUCGGCCCGAGAAGAUGCUGAUCUUAAUCCAAAGCCUUCAGUUGUGCCUCUGAAAAAAGGGCCAAACCUCUCAACCGAGAAAUUUCUGGAUCCAUCAAGACCUUUCAAAUGCACUGUGUGCAAGGAAUCUUUCACACAAAAGAACAUACUGUUAGUGCACUACAACUCCGUCUCCCACUUGCACAAAGUGAAGCGUUCGGUGCAGGAUUCUUCGGCUCCGUUGCCAGAGUCUGUUAGCAGCAGCACUGACCACAAACCCUUCAAAUGUAGCAUUUGCAAUGUAGCCUACAGCCAGAGCUCCACCUUAGAGAUUCAUAUGCGAUCUGUACUACACCAAACCAAAGCUCGUGCAGCCAAACUUGAGUCAUCAACAGCUAGCUCAGCUUCUGCUAACCCUUUGCUUCGUAAAGCAGUGUCAGAUAAUGCAACAGCCAGCUCUCCUACAGUUUUAAAGCCUGCAAAUGCUAAAAACAGCACAAGUUCUACUUCUUCAGCUCUUGAACAGACUCAAUUAAAGCGCCAAAAGAACAAUGACCACAACGCUGCAUUAUUAAGCCAAGCUAUCAGCGUUUCUUCACACUCUGAGGAGAAUGAAAAGAAACCAGUGGUGGAUGUAAUACCAACAACAAACCAACAUAAGAUACGACAACAGCAGCAAUUACAACAACAGUUAGUUCAGGCUCAAGCACAGAUCCAGCAGGAGCUACAAAAGAAAGCAGCUUUUCUUCAGUCCCAUUUGUUCAAUCCAGCACUUCUCCACCAUUUUCCCAUUGCAACAGAUACACUUCUUCCGCUGCAGCAGCAACAGCAGCUACUCCUUCCAUUUCUUAUCCCAGGAGGGGAGUUUCAGAUUAGCCCUGAGCUAAACCUAAAAGGCCCAGAGUUAAACCUAAGCAAGACAAAGCCUGUUGCACUUGAAAAUCUUUCAGAUACAUCCCAGCAGGGUAGCCUUAUCUUUUCUUGUAAACAACCACUGAACGCAGUUGCAGCUACAAGUUCCCAUCAGACUCUGUCUCUGUUUUCUGAGGAAAAUAUUUCUGUUUCUCAGCAAAAAGCUGGUGGAGAUAUACUGACCUCUGAGCCUCAGAAUCACAAAGCCAUGGUUGGAAGCAUUAAUAAAGAACUAAAGAAGUUGCAUAAACUCUCCUCAAAUAAUAAAAUUAAUGAUUUCAAAGCACAAGCACAAGAUGAGUUUGAGGAUGAUUUUGAGGAUGAGGAUGAGGAUAAUAGAGAAUUCUGCACAGAUUUAAUUCCACCAAGGAUAGCUCAUGAUGCACCCGGAAAUGUUUCGAAGGCUUUGCUGGAAAACAUAGGGUUUGAGUUAGUCGUGCAGUUUAAUGAAAAUAAGCAGCAGUAUCAGAGAACUCAGAGUGAGGUCGAGCUAAAUGGACAGACAAAGUACAACACCAAAGAGGUGCAUCAUCCAGAUUCUGCUGGGAAGCUAGAGUGUGAGUCCUGUGGGAAGCUUUUUUCAAAUGCAUUGAUACUAAAGAGCCAUAAAGAACACAUUCACCAAACCUUUUUGCCAAUACAGUCAUUGGAGAAAUUUGCCAAAGACUACAGAGAACAAUAUGACAAGCUUUUUCCUUUUACUACUUCAGCUCCUGAAGCUUCCCCCCCUUUGCCUUCCCUUGCUUCACCUCCACUACCUACAGCAGACCCAGCUCAACAGAAACCAGUGUCAUGCAUUCCUCCCUCCACAACCACAGUUACUCCCCCUACUGUCUCAACUUCCCAAGUUCCUUUAGCUCCAAUCCCCUUACCCAUUGACUUGCCACUUUUUCCCCCACUCCUCAUGCACCCAAUUUCCCUCCCGGCACUACCCUCUCAACUACCUGUUCAUUUGCCGACAGUCGAAUCUGGCCUCACAUCCGACUUAGCCCAGCUUUAUCAGCAGCAGUUAACCCCUUCUAUGUUACAACAGCAGGGUAAAAGACCUCGAACCAGGAUCACUGACGAUCAACUAAGGGUUCUGCGGCAGUACUUUGACAUCAAUAACUCCCCAAACGAAGACCAAAUCCAAGAGAUGGCCAACCAAUCUGGCCUGCCAAAUAAAGUUAUAAAACACUGGUUCAGAAAUACACUAUUCAAAGAGCGCCAGCGCAAUAAGGACUCCCCAUAUAACUUCAAUAUCCCACCUAUAACAACAUUAGAAGAUGUCAAGGUAAAUUCCAGGCCAUCGUCACCUGAACUUUCAAGACAAGAGUUUUCAGGUGGGAAGAGAUCCUCAAGGACCAGGUUUACUGACUACCAGAUAAGGGUUCUUCAAGAUUUUUUUGAUGCAAAUGCUUACCCUAAAGAUGAUGAAUUUGAGCAACUCUCAAACCUACUCAACCUUUCUACUCGUGUCAUUGUGGUGUGGUUUCAAAAUGCCCGUCAGAAAGCCAGAAAAACCUAUGAGAACCAGGGAGAGGGUGUAAAAGAGGGCGAGCGCCGAGAGUUUUCUAAUGACCGCUAUAUUCGAACUGCCAACAGCACCUAUGAGUGCAAGAAAUGCAACAUGGUGUUUCAGCGCAUUUUUGAUCUUAUCAGUCAUCAGAAGAAAGUGUGCUUUAAAGAUGACAGUGAUGACCUAUCCUAUCAAAAUGAGCUUUUAUUGGAUUCUAAACCUUACAGUCCACCUGAUACCUCAAGUCUUAUUCCACCACCCUCCAGUUCGAGCCUUUCAAACUGUACUGAGCUAAGCACAGAUGGAAAGUGUACUGAAAAAGAGCAGUCCGACCCUGACACUGUCACCGAUUCCUUUACAGAGGAUCUUAAAACCAUAACAAACGCAUCUUGUGGCCCUGAACAUUGUCUUGAAAAUUCCAAGUUUGAAGCAACAAAUAAACAAACAAAGAGUCCUAAUGAGGAAAGUAUACAGUCCUGCUCUAAAAUUCAUUCCCCAUCCCCUCUGCAUCAACACCAACAGACUAAUCCACCUAUGAACCAGACAAGCCCAGUUCCAUCACAGAGUUCACAGAUAAGUUCAGCAAGUCCUUCUUCUCAGCAACAACACCCAAAUCAAGCGCAGGUGACUCCUUACCAUUGCAUUCAAUGCAAAUUGAGCUUCCCAUCUUUUGAGCAUUGGCAAGAACAUCAGCAGAUGCAUUUCCUCAUUGCUCAAAAUCCUUUUGUUCCUCCACAGUUCCUGGACCGCUCCAUAGACAUUCCUCUUAUGCUUUUCGAUUCAACCAAUCCUCUGAUGGCAAGGCAGGUACUUUCUGGUGCUUUUCCACAGAUCUCACUCAAUUCACCCACAACUGCAGCCAUUAUUGAUUCAACCAAUAACUCUGUAAAAAGAAGGCUCGAGCCCAAAUCAGGAAAUAGUACCAUGGAAAAUGACUGGGAGCACAGCGGGGAUGAUUCCCAGAGGGACAAGCGAAUGAGGACCACCAUCACCCCGGAACAGCUGGAGAUAUUAUACCAGAAAUACCUUUUGGAUUCCAAUCCAACACGCCAAAUGCUUGACCACAUUUCUCAGGAAGUGGGUCUCAAGAAAAGAGUGGUUCAAGUGUGGUUCCAGAACACACGAGCACGUGAAAGAAAAGGCCAAUUUCGUGGUCUGGGUCCAGCCCAAGCCCAUCGGCGCUGUCCAUUUUGUCGUGCACUAUUUAAAGCACAAACUGCCCUUGAUGCUCAUAUACGGUCACGCCACUGGCACGAAGCAAAGAAUGCAGGAUUCAGCAUGGCAGUAGCGGGUACAACCCAGGAACAGGAAGGGUCUCAAAUUAAAAUGGAUUUGUUCAAUUUUUCAAACUCUUCACAGAUGCCAACAAGUGAUGCGUUGAAUGGUCCAGACUCUCCAACAUGUAAAAGCAUGGAUCUGUCCUUACAUGAUCAGGAUCCUAUUUCAAAGCCUCUAAUAAGUAGAGGAGUGAGUGAAUUAGAAGGAUCGCCCACCUCAGUCCAGUCUAUUGAAUGUGGUGACCUAGAUAACCAUAAAGGUACUUCUAUGAACAUAGUCCCUAAUGGAACCAUUACUGAUGAAGAAAACUACUCUGAGGGAAAACAAAAUAGUGAUCACCUGUCCUGUAGUUCUGAGAGAGAAGCAUCUUCGGAAAAUGAAGACAAGAUGUCCUCAGGGCUGGUUAGCCCUGCAAUGAGCUUCAAUGCAAAGGAUUAUGAAAAUGAUUUGGUCUUGGAUUAUAGUGAGAACUCCAGCUUAGCUGACCCUGCCUCCCCAUGUCCUGGGGGAUCCAGCAGUCAAAGCAUAGACGAUAGGCCUGGUCAAAAACGCUAUCGCACUCAGCUAAGCAACUUGCAAGUCAAAGUGCUUAAAGCGUGCUUUAGUGACUAUAAAACCCCUACCAUGUUGGAGUGUGAAGCUUUGGGAAAUUACAUCGGGCUUCCCAAAAGGGUUGUACAGGUGUGGUUUCAGAAUGCACGUGCCAAGGAGAAAAAAGCCAAGCUAAGCCUUGCCAAGCAAUUUGGAACAGAGAGUACAUGCAAUGAAAGGACUAAAACAGAAUGUAGUCUGUGCAGUGUUAAAUACAGUGGUUGUCUGUCUGUGCGGGAUCAUGUCUUCUCCCAGCAACAUCUUGCAAAAGUAAAAGAAGCCCUGGGGGGACAAAUCGACAGAGACAGGGAAUUUGUCGAUUUUGCAAGUGUUCGUCAUCUGAUGGCUGAACAAGAGAUGAGUAAUCUAAAAAAGGCAAAUGAGAUCCUGGCAGUUGUCCAAACACAGUCUGCAGAGUUUUCAGUGGUGUCCCAUCACACCUCCCCUCAGCAUUCAAACUUACCGACUACUGGUGUACCAGGGACUGGCAGCAAGUCAUUAUCAAGCUCUUCUUCAACAAAAUCAGAUCCUAUUGAUCUUCCUUCAAAUGGACUGAUUAGCAAACCUAACGCUUCGUCUUCAUCAUCCACGUCAGCUGCCAUUGACAAACGCCCAGUCAGCGCAAACAACUCUGUCUCAUCCUCUAAGCCUAUAGAGUCAGAAUUGCAACUCCAGCUAUCCAAAGAGAGCAACUUGGAAAAUGGAAAGAAUCCCCCUGAACAGCAUGAAAGGGCUUCUGCUGACGGUGCACCUCAUUCAAACCAUUAUAUAAGUAAGGAAAAACAAGACUCUUUAACACCAGCUGCAUCUACACCAAAACCUGCUAAGGACUAUAGCAUUGACCCAGGUCAGCUCCAGGCUCAGCAAGCAGUAGGGAACACAGAUCAGACAGCUUUAAUCCAGAAUCCUCUCCUGCCCUGUCUUAUGCCAGGAUUCCCUCCAAUGUUCUCUCCACAGAUUCCCACAGCUCUCACAGGAAGCUUUCUGCAACCUAUGUUUGGUAUGGACAGCAUGUUUCAGUAUAGCCCGGUCCUGCCACAGGCUUUAAUGGGUUUGUCCCCAGGCUCCAUUCUCCAACAAUAUCAGCACAAUUUGCAGGGUGCACUAAUGCAUCACAGGCUGCAGCUCCAAAAAAAACAACUAAUGCAGCAAUCGCAAAAACCAAAAGCUAGCCAAAUCUCUGCUACAACAAACUCUCAGGACAUGGCUUUUAACAAAGACCUUGUCUUGAACUUAUCCAAACCAGCAGAGCAGCCAGCCAGCUUGGAUGUAGAAGGUUCUUCUUCCUUCUCCUCUGGAACGAUUAAAAAGCAGGACGAUAGCCAAUGUAUCGUCUCCAAAGGGACAUCUAGAGAAGGAGGCAAGGAAGUUAGUCUAUAUGACUGCCUUGCCUGUGAGAUCUCUCUCAAUGGGAAUAAAGAGCUCAUCCAGCACCUGGAAAACCGUCAGCACAGACAGAGAGCAGUGGAGCACCUGAAUGCCAAAGAGCAUGCCUCUCGCCUCUUACCUCACAUUAGUCCCUCAUCUACCUCGCAGCCAAACCCUCCGAGCAACCCAAUAUCCCCAUCAAAAUCUCUGCCCAAGCAGUCCGUUUCAGAGAGUCCCUCUGCCAUCUCCUGCCUAUCCAGACCAACAGAUCAGCGUUCCCAAACUCCAUCAACUUCUACAGCUUUAUCUGGGGCAGCACAAUUCGCUUGUACCCCAGCCUCUUCUUCAGUACAAGUUUCCUUACACUCAACUGUUACCUCAUGCCUGAUUGGCAAUGUAAUUAGUUUAAAACCAACAGACUCUGCUAGUGGUUGUUGCACCAAUGAUGGAGCAGCAGAGGAGAAAAAGUCCACAUAGUAUCCUGCAGCCAAAGGCUACAUGCAGACUAUUGCAGUUAUGGCUGUAAUUUGAUCUGCCUUGCUUCAGACUUAUUGCGUUGGUAAAAUAAUAAAAAAAAACAACAACUGGAAACCACGAUGGAAGAAAACAUGAACAAGAACCUAGUGAUAGAUGGAAAGACUUUUAAAUGGACUGGAUCCUGUAGGAUAUACCUUACGUUUCCAAUGCUUGUAACCAAAAAAAGUGUCAGUAGAAUGUUUUCUCACGUCAAUAUGCUGGUCAAUUUAAACUUGAGAAUACGUAAACACUGUUUGGAAACUAAAGUGUGCACAGCUAAAGACUGGAGUAGAACCUAAGAUGGUUUUAUAAUUACCUAAUGACUAACUAACCAAAAGUCUGUUUUUUUUCUUCUUUGUUUUAAAUACGCUUCAAA